CUCUGCCAUUUUCCUUGAAAUAGUUUUUUUUUUUUUGGACAUUCCAGCAGCUUAUACCGAAAUGUCGGAUGCAAGCGACAGCAACAAGCCCGAGAAGCCGAGCAAAAGCGGCUCGGGUGCCAAAGAAGAGGGAUUUAUCCGCGGCAUUCGGAGCAAGCUGCGUAAAGUAAGGAGCAAGAAGGGCAAGGCCGCAGAGUCCAGCGGCAGCUCCAGCGACGAGCCGCAGCAGUCGCCCACACCCUACCAGUCGGCCACAACAGUGUCGCGGGCGAUGCCGAAGGACUCGGUGGCCAGCGUGCGCGGGACCACGCGGGCAGGGUCAGCUGGUGGCGGCGAGCCGUUCAGAGUGAAGUUUGUCAAUGCCAAGGGCGACGCGACAAUGGUGGAUGUGAAUCCGAUGGAGAAAUUCGAGAGCCUUGUGCAUCGGGUUGCCGAUAAGCUGCGGAUGUCGCAACACGGUCAGUACAUUCUCAUGUACAAGGACCCAGACGACCAGGAGAUUGGCGUGGCAUGCACAGACAACAUGCAUGAGAUGUUCCGGCUAUUUGAGCCGGGCAGUCGAUUCCAGCUCAAGAUCGUGCAGUUCAACGGUAACAACAGCGCUGCUAUCGAAAAUGUUGCGAGCAUCUGGGGGUCGUCACACACGCCAUCGCAGUUCCAGUCCUUAGUGAUCAACGAGUACGAGAGCGAUUCGUCCGAGUCCUCGCUGGAUCUGACCAAUAUCCAGAUGGAGGACCAGAAGCAGAAAAUCAAGAAGCAGGAUAGCAAGAAGCAGGAUAGCAAGAAGCAGGAGAUGCUGGAGAAGCCCAAAGUCAGCAGCAACUCCGACAGCAUCGAGAAGCUCACCGAGCACGCUAUGGCUGCUGCCUCUGCGGCUGCCGUUGCUGCCGCUGUCAAAGCCGACCAAACAGUAGAUGAGGCCAUCGAGGACAUCGAGGACAUCGAGGAGACUGUUGUAGAAGCCGCCAGCUCGGUCGGCGCCAAGGUCGAGGAGGCCAAGACCAAAGUUGAGGAAACCAAGACGAAGGUGGAACAGAAGGUCGACAAGGUCAAGGUUGAGGUGAUCGACGAGCUCCAAGAGGAGCUGGACGAGUACAAGGUCAAAGUUAACGCCAAGAAGACCACCAAGCCGCCAAAGCACCCUCAUGGCAAACACGAGGAAGCCAUAGAGACCGCCAUUGGUAUUGAGGAGACAGCAACCGGCAAGGAGAUGGUCGAGGUUGUUACCACGACGGUUGUUAAGCGGCCUGAUAGCUCACAGGACACGGGGAGCGAGAGCCUGGAGGCAGCAAUCAGAAAGCUGCAGGAGACAGUGGCCACUAUCACGCAGUCGAUGGUGAAGAUGGGCGAGGAUCAUCGUUUGGCCAUGGGCCGUUUGCAUGCAGAGCUCCAGGAGACUAACAAGAAGGAGGCAAAGGAGAAGGAGGAGUCUGCAACCAAGGUAGAGGUCGACAUCAAGACUGAAACCAAGGCUGAUGCCAAGACUGAGGUGAAAACAAAUGUACAGACAAGUACGACGAUUGAGGAGGUGGCUGAAGAGAAGGUCGAGGAGACGGCAGACAUUGAGACAAUCUCUAUUGAUAUCUUUGACGACAAGUCCGAGAUGAAGCCCGAGACGAAACCCGAGACCAAGGUGGAUGUAGACAUAGAUGUCAAGGUCGACGAGAAGAAGGACGAGAAGAAAUCUGAGGAGAAAAUCGAUGUCAAUGUUGAGGUCAAGAAGUCUGAGGAGGAGACGACCAAGGUUGAUGUCAAGGUUGACGAGAAGAAGGACGAGAAGAAGGAUGACAAGAAGGACGAGAGUAUCCACCUCAAGGUCGAUGUCGAAGAGAAGUCCAAGGGAGAGCUUGUGGAAGAAAAGGUCACGGUCAAGGUCGAAGAGUCUGUGGUGAAGAAGAAGAAACCCAGCAACGAGGAGGUUAUCAAGAUCGAUAUAUGUGAAACAGCGCAUCACGGCAGCCACCAUCACCACCACCACCACCAUGGCGCAAUCCGUGUCGAUGAUCUUAGCUCUGGAUUCGUUGUGACCACCGGUCCAUAUAACAACGGGUUCUUUCAGCAGGGGUUUGCUGAGACCGGCAUGCCAUCGUCAUUUUCGCGGCCACGCUUCAUGAUGUCGCCGUUCACACCGUCAAUUGGGUACAGUGUCGAGGAUUUCAAGUUCAGGUUUGGGAAUCCAGGCGAUUUCCCGAGCAAGGCACUGUGCAUGGGCGAUACAGUUGCGUGCCCCCACUGCUUGAAGAUUAAGAUCAAGGAGAUGGGCUAUGACUGCACUGAGGCGCACCUGGCUUCGUUGCUUGACGUGUAUAACGGCGAUGCUCGCAGAGUUAUCGAAUUUGUCACCCGCUAAUAUGCGUGUUUAUGCGAU